AACUCCCAGUACCACCAGAAUGUGACCUUAUUGAAAAUAGAGUCUUUACAGAGGUCAUCAAGUUAAAAUGAAGUCUUUAGGAUUAGGGUGGGUCGUAAUCCAAUAUGACUAGUUCCUUUAUAAAAAGGAGAAAUUUGGACACAGACACAUACAGAGGGAAGGCGACAUGCAGACAGCUUCCUAACUAGAGUGAUGCAUCUACGAGCCUAGGAACACCAGGACUUGCUGGCACACACCGUAAGCUAGAAGAGGCCAGAAAGGAUCUUCCCCUAGAGGCUUCGGAGAGAGCAUGACGCUGCUGACAUCUUGAUCCCAACUCAGCCUACAGAACUGGGAGAGAAUUCAUUCCUGUUGUUUUAGGCUUCCUAGUCUCUGGUACUCUGUUACAGUGGCCCUAGGAAGUGGAUGCAUGGAGAAGAAUACAGGGUGGCAGAAGACUUAACAUUUGAAUAGGAAACCAUCAGCACUACUCACAAAAAGGGACAAACUGCCAAUACCUACAGCAGCUUGCCUGGAUUGCACUGGGCUAUAAAGGGGGGUCCUUGUGAAGGAAACCCUGCAGCAUCUGGACAGUGGUGGUCACAGAUGUCUAGGUCUACCAACGUGACCACACUGCACAGAACUCAGUACACACAUGCAAAUGAAUGCAUGAAGGAGAUUUGAAUAAGGCCUGGGGUUGCAUCAGUGUCAAUUUACUGGUUGUGAUAUCUGUGGUAUAGUUAUUCAAGCUGUUACCAUGGGGGGAACGGACUAGAAACCCUGAGAUGUCACCUUUGCCUAAUCUCACUCCUAGAAUUGGGAAUUUCUGCCUGUAUAUCAGGAGCUUUAACAUAACAGACCCUGUUCUCAACAACGUCAGUCAGGCCUGAGACUCGCAGAAAGAAACAAGUGCAACUGCAAAAGAAGAGGAUGGUAGACUAGGAGCACUCCUCUAAUGAAAGGAAGUAGGGAACAGAUGAGUUGGUUGCCCCGGCCCUCAAUCUUCUCAGUCCCACACCUCCUUCAAAUAUCAGAAAUCUUGCUGGAGAAGAGAGAAGCAGCUGGAAUAAGAGGGAUGGCCCGGAUUCAGAGCAGGUGUCCUGGGUGACGCUCCGGGGUGGGCUUGAGCGCCGCGCGCAGGUGACCCGAACGGCGGCACCGCGACGACACCUCCUCUGCCACCCACUGUCAGCGACACCUCCUCUGUCACCCUGCGCGGCGUAGGGCCGCUCGCCGCCAGCCCAUCGUCCAGGUCUAGUGCGGGAAUCUCGGGAAGCUGAAGUCGGAGCCGCAGGCUGAGACGAGGGGAGGUGACCGAGUGCAGAAGUCAGGCGUGAAUGUCCACCAACCCUGUGUACCGAAAAGCGUCUGUUUCCCGCCGCCUCUGCUCGCUCCCUCUGCGUGAGGACAAGGGACCGAAUGGGCUUCUAGGGUCCUCAGGGGCAAGGAGACAAGGGAAGGAACUGGAGGACCCCGGGCUUCCCCAGAGGACGGUCCACGUCCCCGCUCGGCACUCUCCGGGGACUGGUCGGCGACGGGGGCCAAGAAGGCUGCCGGGGCUUUCUGGAGAGGGUGGGGAUGCUGAGUCACUGAUCUGUCACUGUUCGUCAUCUCUCCCAGCCCUCCGGGGGCUAAAGCAAAAGGGAACGCGAAUGCGGCUCGUGGGGCGGCCAGUCCCGGGACCUGCGCUCGCCACCUCCCCCCGGGAGCGGAUGACCGCGGGCCGGCGGGCGUCCGGGCCGGUGCGAGCCCGCAGGUGGAGGGCGGAGGCGCGGCCAUGGCGGGGCAGCGGCUCGGGGGCUGCGCGGGGCGCGCCCUGCCCGCGCUGCUGUUACUGCUGCUCCGGCCGCCGGCGACGCCGGGCAUCAUGUGCCCUACUCCCACGUCUGUAGAACACGCAAACAUCCGGAUUAAGAGUUACAACCUGAGCUCCAGGGAGCGGUACAUUUGUAACUCAGGUUUCAAGCGUAAAGCCGGGACGUCCAGCCUGAUCGAGUGUGUAUUUAACGAGACCACGAACGUUGCCCACUGGACAAUUCCCAAUCUCAAGUGCAUAAGAGACCCCUCCCUGACUCACCAAAGGCCACCCUCCACAGUAGCGCCGGCAAGGGUGACCCCAGAGCCAGAGAGCCCUUCCCCUCCUGGAAAAGAGCCAGAUUUUACCUCCAAGUCAGACACCACAAUGGCCACAAAGCCAGCUAUUGUACCAGGCUCCAGGCUGAUGCCAUCAAAACCUCCUUCUGCAGGAACCAUGGAGGUAGUCAGUAAUGAGCCCUCCCAAGUACCACCUCAGACAACAGCAAAGAUCUUGGAACACACUCCCUCCACCUCGCAGGAGAUGCCAGGUACAUAUGCAUUCAAUUCCAGAGCUGUGACUGUGGCAAUCUCUAUACCUACUGGUGUGCUUUGUGGAGUAUGUGUUGCAUUUCUUCUGGUAUGUUACAAAAAAUCAAGGCAAACUUCCCAGACACCCAACACUGAAAUGGAAGAUAUGCCAAUGACUGGUGGAAACCACGGCAAGGAAUAGGACACGGAAAACUACCCACACGACCUAGGAACCUCCAGGGGAAACCCGAGGCCAGUGAAGGAUGGAGCAAAAGCACCAACUCUACUCUAGCCAAAAAGGACCCAGAAAAGAUUCCAGGUGCCAGGGAAAAAAUCCUGCCAGAAUGAGAAAACAUGCUGGCCUCAUUUUAUCAACAGUGCCAGCCUCGUGCCUCCUGUAUGAGCAGAUUCUCUGGCUUAGGGCUGUCUGCCCUGCCCUGCCUAGGCGUAGGGCUGAGUUCCUAAACUUCCAGCAAUUGAGGCCUUCCCAGAAGAUGGCGAAGAACUCAGAUCUUCCUAUCAGGACUUUCAUUUCAUGAUGACAGUCAUUCAAAAUAGCUUUUCGGCUUGACUCUCUCCUCUGUCCCUCAUACAGACUUACAGUUUACAAAGAAAAGAAAUAUACCUGAGGCUCUAAGAGAGUUCUGAGGCUACUCCUGGCUUGGGAGAUGUCUACAAGGGUGACAACAGCAUUUGGACUCCUAACAACUCUCUCCAGUUAGGGGCUCUGCAUGCACUGAAAGGGAGCAAACAGAUAUUACAUACAAUGGAUUCUUUUGACAUAAAGAUUCAGAAAGACGAAAGGUGAACUCAGUGACAUUUUCUAUAUAUUUGUAUUUGUAUAUUUAUGCUUUCUGGUCUAUCAUAUCUAUAUAUUAUAUAUAUACGAUUUGUAUUUUGAAACUGGUGCCUUGUGUAAACAAAAUAAAAUGUCUA